AUGAGGGCUGGGGGGUGCACGGUGCAGCAGGCUCUCACGGCGGAGGCGGCGGGGGUUGUGAAGCAGGCAGUGAGCCUGGCACGGCGUAGGGGGAACGCGCAGGUGACGCCGCUGCACGUCGCGAGCGCGAUGCUGGCGGCUCCGGCGGGGCUCCUGCGCGCGGCGUGCCUCCGGUCACACUCCCACCCGCUCCAGUGCAAGGCACUGGAGCUGUGCUUCAACGUGGCCCUCAACCGCCUUCCGGCUUCCGCGGCGGUCGCCUCCUCGCCGCUGCUCGGCGGCCACGGCCACCACCAUUACUACCCGCCGUCGCUGUCCAACGCGCUCGUGGCGGCGUUCAAGCGUGCGCAGGCGCACCAGCGUCGCGGCUCCGUGGACAGCCAGCAGCAGCCGGUGCUGGCCGUCAAGAUCGAGCUCGAGCAGCUCGUCGUCUCCAUCCUCGACGACCCGAGCGUCAGCCGCGUCAUGCGCGAGGCCGGCUUCUCCAGCACGCAGAUCAAGGCCAACGUUGAGCAGACGGUGUGCAGCCCCACGACCACAGCGGCGACCGCCGAUCCUCAGCAAAACCCUAACCCUAGCAGCACGGCCACCACGAGCAAGCAUCAUCAAGAGACCACCAAAGCCAAGCUCCCACUCGGCCAGGUGCGGGAUGAGGACGUCGGCGCCGUUCUCCACUGCCUGGCCGCCCGGAGCAAGACGAGGGUGGUGGUCAUCGCCGAGAGCACGGCCGCGGCGGAGGCCACGGUGCGCGCGGCCAUGGACAAGGUCAAGAGAGGCGACGCCAAGCACGACGCGCUGCGGAGCGCGCAGGUGGUCAGCCUCCGCGUGUCGUCAUUCCGUGACAUGCCGAGGGAGGAGGCGGAGCGGCGGCUGGCGGAGCUGCGGUGCCUCGUCAAGAGCCGAGGGCACGUGCUGCUCGUCGUGGAGGACCUCAAGUGGGCGGCCGAGUUCUGGGCCAGGCACGUCCAGGGCGGAGGGAGGAGAGGCUACUACUGCCCCGUCGAGCACGUGGUCACCGAUGUGCGCGCUCUGGCCGGCGGCGAUCAAGGGCUGUGGCUCGUCGGGUUCGGGACCUACCAGACGUACAUGAAGUGCAGGGCCGGGCAGCCGUCGCUGGAGAGCCUGUGGGGACUGCAGACGCUCACCGUCCCCGCCGGCAGCCUCGCGCUGAGCCUCACCUGCGCGUUCGACGACAGUGCACUAGUCAAUCAGUCCAUGAAAGCGAGCUCCGACACGGAUGGGAAUGGACCGGUGCCUCGCAGCUGGCCGCUUUUGGGCGGCGCCCAGCUGACCUCCAGAUGCUGCGGCGAUUGCUCCGUCGCCAGGACUGACACCAAAGCCGCAUUGCCGCCCUCCUUCGUGUCCUCGUCGAGCAUCCCAUCCUGGCUCCAGCAUUGCCGUCACCAGGAGCCUACACAUUUCAUGGAUCUUGGCAGGAAUUGGAGCUCCAUCUGCAGCAAACCAUCUCAGAGGAUGACGCUGCACUUCUCGGCGCCCGUGUCUCCGGCCUCCUCCAUCUCCUCCUACGAACACGGCCACCAGCCUCGCCAAUCAUGGCUCCUCGCCGAUAUGGACGGCAAGCAUCCAUGGAAGCCCAAGAGCGAGGCCGGCGCCAAGGUGUCGUCGCACGACUCCGGUGCUUCCAAUGGUUCGGUGGAGGUGGAGUGCCGAUCAAGGUUCAAGGAGCUCAAUGCGGAGAACCUUAAGCUUCUUUGCGCCGCACUUGAGAAGGAGGUGCCAUGGCAGAAGGAGAUCGUCCCCGAGAUCGCGAGCACCGUUCUCCAGUGCCGGUCGGGGAUAGCGAAGAGGCGUGACAAGUCGAGGUCGACGGAUGCCAAGGAGGAGACAUGGCUCUUUUUCCUCGGAGGCGACGCCGAUGGCAAGGAGAAGGUCGCGAGAGAGCUGGCCAACCUUGUCUUCGGGUCCGUCAAGAACUUUGUGUCCAUUAAACUCGGCGCCGCCUCCUCGCCGUCCGCGUCCUGCUCCGCCGAAGAGCACAGGAGCAAGCGGCCCCGGACAUCGGCGGCGAGUGAGGGCGAGGCGUACCUCGAGCGGCUCUAUGAGGCCAUCUCCGAAAACCCUCACCGCGUCAUUCUCAUGGAGGACUUUGAGGAGGCCGACCAGUACUGCCAGGUCGGCAUAAAGGAAGCCAUCGACAGCGGGGUGAUACGGACCCAAGCUGGCGACGAGGUCGGCGUGAGCGACACCAUCGUUAUCCUCUCCUGCGAGAGCUUCGACUCCAAGUCUAGAGCUUGCUCGCCGCCGGGCAAGCAGAUGAAGCCGGAGAUGGGGGAGAUCAAGGAGGACCACACGACCGAUCAUGAUCAUAAAGAAGGUGGCGCCUCCUCGUCUUGCUUUGAUUUGAACCUCAACAUAGAGAGUGAGCAUGCGGAUGAGCCCAGCUCCGAUGAUGUCUGCCUGCUCACGGCGGUCGACAGGACGCUGUUUUUCAGAAGACAGGAUGGUUUGUGAUUGCGCACAUGAAGGAACCCAUGUGUUCGUCAGGGUGUUUCCGAUAAAAGAAAACUCUAGAUUAACUAUAUGUAUGAUUAGCUCUUCUUUCCUUUAUUUCUUUGUGGUUUGGUUUUUGGGAUACUAAGGCGUUUAAGGAUUGGAUCAAUGGCGUAUUAACUGGAGUUGCUGUAAAUUUGUUAUGGUGAUAUCACUGUAUGUUCAUCUACUCUACGGUUUGGAUAUUUGGAAUUUCGGUAUGUUUAUCUAA